GAUUGUCAGCACAACACCAGCGGUGACAAAUGCAAUUUGUGCGCACCCGGCUUCUACGGAGACCCAACCACUGGGCAACCUAAUGCCUGUCGUCGAUGCGAAUGCCCUAGCCUUACGAACCAAUUGACCGAUCUCUGUAUCGCCAGUGUGCCACGUGAAGAAGAUGAUGGUAGUGGAGAGCUGAACAUGUUUAUGGAUAAGAAGACGAGGCCUUAUGUGUGCCUAGAUUGUACAGAGAAUACUCGCGGUCGCUACUGUGACCACUGUGACCACAUGUACUUCGGGGCUCCACAGGAUGGUGUGCCCUGUCGACCAUGCGAUUGUAGUCCUUCGGCAAUCGCUUGCAACCCCGUCGAUGGGAGCUGUAUUUGUGGCUAUAAUACUGCCGGGCCGAGGUGUGAAAUCUGCGACGAGGACAGUCAUGGAGACCCGAACACGAAUAAGCCUUGUCGCGGAUGGAUUGUACUUUUGAUCUCGUCUGGUUCUCAUUAG